AUGGUAGAAGUUACAACGAGACAGAACGGAACCAACAUUUGCAAUUACAGAGCACACGACCCCGUUGCAUGGUGCGGACGUUAUAACAUACAUCCAUGGCACAAGGUAAGGACAGCCCCUAAUACCGACUGUCCCGCCAUGGACACUACCUUACUGUGCACGUGCUUGGCUGGUUAUGCAUACCUCCUGCUGCUCAGUGCCUCAGGAAAGCAGAUGAACAUGGCGCGGAGCCGAGCCCGGGCCUCAAGUCCACAACGCAUGAGCACGCCCCUCUCCGCUUUCCCCCAAAUUAUAAUGGAUGAAGAAGAUCGAUCUCCAUUGACAAGAGAGAAAGAGGAGUACAUGGUUGACCGCUGA